UGGUCUGUUUCUUUAGUAAUUGCUCCUGUUUCUCUGUUUUCGUAGUCUUUCUUUUCUCCUACUUCUCAGAUUUGGAUCUCGAACUUGAUAUUUCAAAGAUUAGCAUGGAGUGCUCUAUCAAGGAUGACGUUACUCAAUUGAUAGGUAACACUCCAAUGGUUUAUCUAAACAACAUCGUAGAUGGUUGUGUUGCUCGUAUAGCCGCAAAGCUUGAGAUGAUGGAGCCUUGCUCUAGUGUCAAGGAGCGAAUUGCUUAUGGUAUGAUUAAAGAUGCAGAAGACAAGGGACUGAUUACUCCCGGGAAGAGCACAUUGAUUGAGCCUACUUCUGGUAACACCGGGAUCGGAUUAGCCUUUGUUGGGGCAGCUAAAGGUUACAAAGUUGUGCUCACAAUGCCUGAAACAAUGAGCCUUGAGAGAAAGAUCAUUUUGUUAGCACUAGGUGCAGAGGUUCACCUCACGGACACGAAAAAAGGCGUUCAAGGAUUACUCGACAAAGCCGAAGAGAUAUUAAGCAAAACUCCAGAUGGUAUCAUACUACAUCAAUUCAAGAAUCCUUCAAACCCACAAACUCAUUAUCGAACCACGGGUCCAGAGAUAUGGAGAGACUCUGCAGGAGAAGUAGAUAUAUUGGUGGCUGGUGUUGGGACUGGUGGAACCAUUUCCGGAUCAGGAAAGUUCCUCAAGGAGAAGAAUAAAGACUUAAAGGUUUAUGGAGUGGAACCUACAGAGAGUGCAGUACUCAGUGGAGGCCAACCAGGUCCACAUUUGAUCCAAGGUAUUGGAGCUGGUAUUGUACCGGACAAUUUGGAUUUCAACGUUCUUGAUGAAAUCAUUCAAGUGACAAGCGUGGAAGCUAUUGACACUGCCAGACUUCUUGCCCUGAAAGAAGGAUUACUGGUGGGAAUAUCUUCCGGAGCUGCUGCAGCCGCUGCUAUUAAGGUGGCAAAACGGCCAGAAAACGCCGGGAAGCUCAUAGUUGUGGUUUUCCCUAGCGGUGGGGAACGUUACUUGUCGACUCAAUUGUUCGACUCAGUGAGACGUGAAGCAGAGAGUUUGACAUUUGAAUGAGGCUUAUACACAACAAACACUACCUAGCUUGGUUCGGUUUGUUUCAGGGAAGACUGAGAUGAAUCCGAUCGAACGGUCAUCGAUGCAGAUGGAACGCCUCCAUGGAUGUGGCAAGCAUACGUCUCGUAUGAAGACCAAAGCUUCCUCUUCGGACGUAAAAGUCUGCCAACGAAGAUUCCCGGUCACUCGAACAUCGCUGGCCCAUCUCAGGAAAUCGUGAGCA